GCCGCCAGUUGCUCGCACCGCGAACAGUCGCGCACACGUCGCGCCGCCUUCGCCGCUCUCGCCUCGCGAUACGAUAACGCGCCCUCUUUGAACACAACACUCACUCUAGCUACACAAUCGACUUCAUUCACACUUACGUUACUACGGCCCAUUGUUAUUAUCCAAUUACGUAGCCGAUCGCUCCGAAUUGUAUCGGCCCGUGGUCCAGAAACCGGCUCCGUGACCAUAUGAUCCGCAUCUGACCCGUCCGAACUGCAGAUCUCCGAUACCGGUGCGCGGUCACGAUGUGGAUCAACAUUUGAAAAGUGCAUUUGUCUAGACAGUGGAAGGAUGACUCAGUGGUAACUUUCUCGUGUAAUGUUGGUUCAGUUUUGUGACACGAUUUUGUUGGAGAUGUGAAUGUUGACGUAAAGGAUCUGUCGGUGGUGCUUAUACGGAUAGUGCUAUGGCUGGUGCUAGUGAAGAGGGUGGUAAUGUGGAGGAGGCUGCACCGGCUGCGGUUGCGGCGGCGCCCGAAGCUCGCAAACGCGGGCUGAGCGGGUCGAUGUCGCUGCGCACGCGCAAGUUGGGGCGGAGGCUGUCGCGCAGCAUGUCCAUCGUAGCGCUGAAAUUGCCGGAGAAGGCUCACAGCAUCACGCGGACCUCGUCCAAGUUGAUGCGGACUGCCAGCAGGGACAAGAAGAACAGAACCUUCGAGCUAUCGAUCAUAUUGCCGGACAAGACUCAGAGACAGGUGACAGUGAGCGGUAACAGCACGGUGGCAGAAGUUGUCUGUGAGCCGCUGCAGGAAGCGGGCGCGGUGGUGGCUGGCCUGCCGAGCGGCCCGCUGUCCGCUCCGCUCGUGGUCCCACUCGGCGGCCCGCUCCCCUCCCCCGCCGCCUUCACCCCGCCGCCCGCACCUCCUGCUGCUCUCCUCUUCUUAGGAGGAUGCAAAGCUCCCGUCGACCACAGGGCACAAGCCGUAGCCCUGGAAGGAGAAGUACUCGUCGUAGAAUACCAACCUCCCCAGUGGGACGGCAAAGACCUCGAAACAUUCAUCGCAUGGGAAAAGAUUUAUGCUUCGACGCUGUUUUCUGCGGUCGAGCUGUACGGCAAGCCACUGCUGCGAGCAGCUGUCAUCACUAAGGAGGAGUAUCAUCUGCUUUUCUACUACUUGGAGUCUGUUUCCGAAGCUAGUGAAGCCCUCACCGAGCGCAUGAGGAAAUACAUCGACUCGGGCUUGCUCAUCAACGAAAGUAAGAAAGAAGAUGACAAUCAUUCCGUUACUUCCAAGAAAAGCAUCACAGAGGAAUCUAAAAGUAUCUUGUCACAACUAAUACAAGAAGGUUUUAUCUCGCAUAGAGACAUUGACGCUUCGUCAGAGGUCACUAGUACUACCGAAUAUACUGAGCGUCAAGCAGGUAACCGCAAAUCAGAUGACAGUGUUUCUAGUAUUUCCUCAACAAGUCUGCGUAAAGUGAUUGUCGACAUACCAAUAGAUUGCAGUGAGUCUGUGGUCGACAACUCGAUUGUCGAGACUGAUGAUAAUGUGACGACCGUGACCAUCAGAAGCGGCGGCCAGUGUUGCGCCGACCAUAGAAUAUCUGCUGACGUCACCGAGAAUGUUUGGGCGAACGUUCGAUGGGAUUUUCUCAACCCUGCGGACUUCGGCUAUGACUUGGUUCGAAGCGUAAAACGAAGUCGUUCAGAUUCCGCGUUAACUCCAAUUGCGAGGCGUAAAAAUGAAGAAAUCUAUGAGACAUUACCAAACGUCGACGGUGAGUCCUGUGGCAGCGUGACACCGUAUGAAUCGAUUGAAGAUCUAUAUGACUGUAUAAAGAACGGGCAAUACAGUAGUGCUGCUGCAGAGGAAUCUUCUCCAUCCACUGAGAGCCAGUCUGAGCCGCAGUAUCCUGACUUCUACGAAAAGGCGAGCACCACCCGUCAGAGUUCCGCGAGCAGUGAUAAGAGUGGGGCCUCUUCCGCGUUUCCGUUUUCGAAAUGUGGUUCGAGCGAUUCAACGGGCGCGUUUGCAUCGUGCGAGUCAAAUAGUGGCAUUAGCAGUUUCGUAGCGAAGAAGAUCCCGGAGUCAAUUAAGAGCCGGGAGCUGCCGCCGACACCGGCUGAAGGCGACGCGAGCGAGAGCGCGAUACUGAUGAAGCAGUUGUUCAUGGGGGAGCUGAUGGAUGCUUACGGCGAGUUCCUCGCGGCGUAUCCUUUCGCGCGGGCAUUGCUCCGACGCAAGACACGUCGGGACGAGCACUUCUUGGCUCUGGCGGACAUCCGACGGGGCGCUGCUAAGUACACCAUCGCUGACUAUCUCGAGCUGCCGAUCGAGCGGCUGGCGCAGUACGAGCGGCUAGUGGGCGGUGGGUGCGCGCGGCGGCGGGCCGCCCGUCUGUCCGACCUGGAGCGCGUGCAGGACCUGUUCCCGCACGACUACCUCGCGCUGCACGACGCCGACGCCCCCGCCGCGCUCGCCUCGCACCAUGCACAGAAAUCGAAGAGUCUGCGCAAGCGUCCGAGCUUGGACAUCGGCGGCACAGUUACCGCGAACAGCAGUUCAUUGUCCCCACGAACCUUCAUCAUGGAGGCACCAGUUCAACUAUGCCCCGUCGGCACCACCUCACCGCCGCUCGAUCGGCACCUAUUCUUGUUCAGUGACUUGCUACUCGUGGGCAAGUCCCGUGGCACCAACUGCUUCAAGCUGAAGGAGAGCGUCAGGCUCGCCGAGCUGUGGACCUCGCUGCCUGACGCCGAUGACACCGGCUUCCUGAUCGGAUGGCCGACUUUUACAGGCGUCGCCAAUUACUUGGCGACAUACCCUACGCAAGCUGCUCGUGAUACUUGGUACAGAAAAAUACAAAACGCCUUGACUGCACAGUUGGCUACGGAACCAAAGUCAACAAACAUCCAGAUUUUCUAUAAGGAUUUGACGAGCUCUAUAGAAUUCUGCAAGACAGUAUCAGUAAGUCCAGAGAUGAGCGCUAGAUGCGUGGUUCGCCAAGCUCUGCACGUGCUACAAGGAGGGGGUGAACCAGAUGGCGAAGGGGAGGGAGAAGGUGACCACGAGGGUGACGGGCGAUGGGGCGCCGCCACUGAGUUCACGCUGUGUGUGCGCACGGCGAGAGAUGCGCCGCCCACGCCGCUGCAAGGCAUUGAGAGACCUCAUGCUAUACAGAUGUCGCGAAUAAGGCAGACGCUGUCAAAUGAGGACGGAUUUGACCUGGAGCAUGUGAAUGCUAAGAACAAUCCUUGCGGUCUCGUCUUUGAGUUGAGAAAGAAAAAUCAAGCAUUAAAAAACGGCAACUCAACCCCUGGCCGCGGGUUGCGCCUACUACGUCGCGGGGGCCGCUUAUUCGGCGUAGCUCUAACCAGGUUAUGUAAUGGGACGCCGCCCCCGGCCCUGCUGCAUGCGCUGCGUCGGCUGCGAGGCACGGCUCCCGUCACUCAUGGAGUCUUCAGGCGCAGCGCUAAUGCUAAAGCGCUGAGAUUGUUGAGGGAUAAGCUGGACACCCUGGGUCCCUGGGCAGAAGGCUGCGCGGAGUUGGACCGCGCCCCGGUCUUGCUGUUGGCAGCGCUGGUGAAAGAGUUCUUCCGCGCUCUGCCUCAGCCUCUGCUUGCCUCCGAGCUCUACCCCGCUUGGCUACAAGUACUCGGUUUACCACAAACAGAGAAAGUGGCAGCCGUUCGGUCGUUGCUGCUCAAGUUGCCGAAGGCUCACUAUAACAUGCUGACUUACUUCGUGUGCCUGCUGCAAGCCAUCGCGAAGAAGUCCAACAUCAACCUCAUGUGUCCCAUGAACCUCGGCGUGUGUGUAGGCCCUAGCCUGCUGUGGCCCAACACUCCCUGUGACAAAGCUCCCAAAGCAGUGCCAAUGGUUGUAGAACUCCUUAUUGUCAAAGCUGAAGCCCUUUUCGGACCACAAAUCAGCGGCCUUCUCGGCAACGGAACUCCAGAGAAUUCCAAUGCGCUACUCGACUCUGGCGCAGAAGAAAGCGAUAGCCUCCAUUCGGUUGGAAUAUCUUUGGAUUCGAUGGAACUAUCGACUCCGCGGAAAGAGAAGUUGUCGCUGAGCAGAGAUUCUGGGCUGACGCUCUCAGAGGACGACUCCAACAGCAACGGAGGUAACAGUCCAGCACCACGCAACAUCCUGCACAGUCUGUCGGCACCCACCUGCAACCUCCAACAGGAGUCCAAGCUGGUGUCGCGAUAUACCACCGAAACUACACACAACGUCAAUGGCUUGCCUCGAGUAUCUCAGCGUCAAAAUAUUUAUGCCAACAAAUCGGAAGUGUAUAGCACAGCCAAUGAAGACUUAUAUACGACACCCUAUCUAGGAGAGCGCUACGUUCAUAACUCGAUAAACAUUGGAAUCUCAAAUGGUAUCGAUGACAGAAAUUACGUAGCUAAAACCGCCGUUCAACGUUCCACGGCCGAUAUUUAUGGACAGAGUCCAGCGAAAUAUAUUACUGGCAUGGAACCGCAAAAACCACCAAGGAGCAAUGUUUCAAAGGCAGCACGAACUUCAAAAGUGUACAGCAUGUUCGCCGAAUCCCAAGAAACAGAGAAAAAUGUGACUAACAAAAAUUUCAGUAGAGCAAAAAGUUCAGAUAAUCUAUUAGAAUCCAAGCAAGAAUCAAUCGAUAAUAAGCGCGAUCUAGUUUCUAGUCAAGAAAAUAUAGUAUACAGUAACAUUCACGACCUCGCGAUGUUCACGGAAAACAUUCAACGCCAAAACCAUUAUCAAACACAUGCAGAAUUGUUAGCGAACUCAAACACGAACUACUCUCGGGUUUACACUGGAUGGGAAAAGAAAAGCGCAAACUACACCAGUAAAUCGACGAACGGUACUUCAGAGAAUAUAUAUGGACAUAUGAGCAAGAACCAAACGGAAUCGUCACAAAAUAAAGCAGAUGGAAAAAUUACACCGGCAGCCACCAUUUUUACAAGAAAUGACUGGUCUCGUCAAGCAGCGAGAACGAAAAGUUUAGAAGUCAACGAAGAAGGGCAAACAAAUUCAGAUAAACCACGCAACGGAAAUUACGAAAUAAAUGUUGGAAACUUUUGCCGCAAACGACGCUUCGAUCCUGCGCAUUUGUGUACUAAGAGUUGUGCAACAUCACAGGCUGCUAACAGAGAACAAGAGAAGAACAUGAUCAAUCCACUUCAGAACUCGUACUCGUAUAUCGACGGCUUGCAUAACGGCAAUUCUGAGGAGAAAAAGCAAAAACUUCGCAACUAUAACAACAAUAAACUGAAUCAGUCCAAGUCUCUAGCCAACAUAAUCUUGCAGAGCGACUCGAGCAGCAAUGAUACACUGUACCAACCUCAGAAUUCGUUCAACAGCCGCUCGACGGAGUCUACGGCUAGUGAGAACUCGUUCGAGAACUGCUACACUACCCAAUAUAUCGAGCCCCUGUACACAUCGGUUUACAACCGGAGGCGGGACAUCUUCCACGAAGACAAGUCGGGCAUGUUCACGUCGGACAUCUACAAGGCGACGCCGACAUCGGUACAGCCGGACUACCGCUCGACGGAGGAGAACAACAACAAGAAGCCGCCGCACAUGCCGCCGCCCGUGCCGCCGCGGAAGGUGGUCUACCAGCGCGUGCUCAAGAAGUUCCAGCCGGUGCACGUCAACAAGGACGACAAGGCGUCGCGCUCCAAGUCCGUGCCGCCCGUCUACCGUGACCCUCCCAACGGUAAGGACAAGAAGAACGGCCAGAACGUCCUGGCCCUCGACUGUUCAGAAUCCGAUACGGAAUCGGAGUCCUAUGUUUAAGCUCGUCGCAGCACAAGAUAAUUUAAUUGAUCAUGUUUUGGGGUGCAAUAAAAUUUGAUUAUUACUAGAAUACCUAUUGGACGACAUGCCAGGAAAUAGGUAGAUCAUGUACCUAUUAUGGAUAUUUUAAUCAUAUUCUCAUUUAUCUCGAUGUAUUUUUCAAUUAUUGACGUGAAAUAAAUGUUUUUCUUUUUAAAUUAGAACCUUAUUCAAUUGAUUGUAUUGUAGCCUUGUCCUGUUAAUCCCGCCUGAAAAUUGUAAUAUGUGACCAUAACCUGAGUUGUUUUGGUGAUGUAAUUCCAAAGACGUAAGAAUAGUUUGCCAAGUUAACGGUAUUAUAUAAAUCGAUGUUUCAAUAUUUUAAUCGAUAACUUUACGGUAGCCUUUGGUAGUGGAUCGUUUGUGUUAAUACCAGCCACUCUUUAAACCUUAAUUGUAAUUUGUUUAGAUGUCGUGUUUAAAAUACGUAAUAUUUUGACUUUUAUUUGUGUCAUGUAUGUUUAAGAGUUAAUAAAAAUAUUAUAUUGAUGUAAAAGAAAAAGUAUGCCCGUGUAUAUAAUGUAUGAUAAAAUUGUACCUACAUAUACUAAAAAUAUAUUAAUGAUUUGUAAUGAUA